GUGUGGUACAGGUUAACUAAAAGUAACUCUCUCCCCUCAGAUACUGAUGUAGGAUUGAGGAAAAGAAGAGAUGCAGUUGUAGAUCUCGAGCGAUAUUAACCCAGGGCCAGUGGGUCAGAGGCUCCGUUUGAGUAUGCAGUUUUGAAGCUUCACACCAUGUUUCCACUGUAGUGCAUGAGCUGGUGAUUCUGAAGACGGCCCAGUCAUCAUGGCUCAUGCUACUAUUUAUGUGGGUUUUACUGUCCCUCAAUUACUGAGAGGUGCUAGCAGAAUUUUUCCCACUCAUUCUGCAUUGGUGGUGUUGAGGCACUCUGCUUUUUGUUACUGCACAGUGAAUGGCACAAUAAAAUCAAAAAGGAAAAUGGAUCAUCUAGAGAGGACAGCAAAUAAUUUUCGCCAGGAGAUAAUUUCCCAAGCAAAAGUGUGUGGAAUGACCAAUGAAUCGGAUAGAGUCAAAAGACUUCGUUUGGCUGUCGCAAAUAAAGAUUUUACUUUCAAAGCAGGACAGUGGGUUGAUUUCUUUAUUCCUGGUGUAUCUGUAGUUGGGGGAUUCUCAAUAUGUUCAAGCCCUGGCCUGUUGGAACGAGAAGGAAUAUUAGAGCUGGCAGUAAAGCACAGUGUUCAUCCUCCUGCUCAGUGGAUUCACACUGAGUGUACUCUUGACUCAGAAGUGGCUCUGCGAGUGGGAGGUGAUUUCUUCUUUGAUCCUCAGCCUGGUGACUCCCCUGUAAAACUAGUGCUGAUAGCAGGGGGUGUUGGAAUUAACCCAUUGUUUUCUAUACUGCUGCAUAUAGCAGAUCUUCAUGGAUACCAAGAGGGUAAAGGAAAUGGAUACAAAAUGGGAACAGUGAAGCUGUACUACAGUGCAAAAAAUACAAGCGAACUCUUAUUUAAGAAAAAUAUUCUUGGUUUGAUGAAUGCAUUUCCUGGAAAGAUCACAUGUCGUUUCCACGUGACCCAACAGAGUUCACAGAUCUGUAAAGAACUUGAGCCACAUGUUACAGAGGGAAGAAUAUCUGAAAAGGAUCUAGAAAAACAUGUAUCUAAGGAUACUUUAUGGUACAUCUGCGGUCCACCUCCAAUGAUAGAAUCUAUCUCCAAACUACUGUCUAACAUUGGUGUUCCUAGAAACUGUGUUUUCUUUGAGAAAUGGUGGUAGUGACACCUGCUGAACAGAAAAUACAUUAUUUGUUGAUUUUGAUAAGUUAAAAUGUACAGAAAUGGACUAUGAAUUAUUUGGAAGAUUUUACUUCAUACAUGAAGAUGUCCUCAAUCAUGAUGGUGUUCCUUUGAUUUAACUAUAAUACACUUGUAAUACAGUGCUGCUGCUUUGGGGGGAAAAAGUGAUUUUAUAUUAAAAACAUUAACUGUU